GUACAGAGUAUUUUUAAACGUGGUUCUAUAACUGUUUUCAAAGUCUCUUUUCUUCGUCGUUGUAAGCCGCUAAACGUAUACUGUCAAAUUUGUAUGUGAGAUUUAAGCAAAUGCUUAAAAAAUUCUGCGCAGCUAAUUUGUUUUAAACGAUUUUGUUAUCAUCUUUGUUAUCAUGCACCUGUUUGAAGAUUGAAAUCAAUUAUUUUUUUUUCAUCAGUUGUUACUACCAGUUAGUAAUUAUAAACUAUCAACAUGCCCGGAUCCGUGGAGAGCUAUGAUGAAUUGGAGGGUGUGCCAGAACUGCUCCACCCACAGCGACUCAUUCGACCCCUCACGGCCGGACCAGGAAGGACCCCCACCCACAGAAACAGUCUGUCUUUGCUGUACGAGAUGAAGCGUCCAGCGAGUGCAGUUGGCAACGCAAAGGGGGAUGAUGUUCCCCUCACUGAAAGAGGAGGGGGAGGGGGAGGGGGAAGACCCUCCUCAGAGCUGCCUACCUGUCCCGACCUGUUUCUGCAUGGAAGAACAGAGAACGCAUCAAAAACAAGCUGGAUAGGAGACGCCGUAUGACGAUUGGCCAGUUUGCCAAUUUGGAGAAGGACUCUCUGUUGGUGUAUGAGAAACACAUGUCAGAAGACACGAUCGAAACACUAGCCAAA